AUGGCAUCUAAAACCUCUCCAGUUUCCGCCCUCAUUAUCGGCGCCGGCCCCGCAGGCCUAGCAUGCACCGUCAGCCUUUCCCGUCUCCUGCACACCAGUAUCGUCUUCUCCUCCAACAAAUUCCGCAACGAAUUAGCUAGCCAUAUGCAUGGCGUUCCCACAUGGGAACACCGCUCCCCUACGGAAUUCCGAAAUGCGUUUAGGAAAGAUAUCUUGAAGCAUUAUGAUACGGUGGCUUUUGAGGAUGUGGAGAUUAAGAAGGUGGAGAAGAUAGAGAAUGGUGGUGCGGAUGGACGUAUGCUUUUUAAGGCCGUGGAUGAGAAUGGUAGGGAGUGGUGGGGACGAAGGGUUGUGCUUGCGACUGGGAUAAAAGAUAUCAUGUUAGAUCUUGAGGGGUAUGACAGUUGCUGGGUUAAGGGGAUAUUUCAUUGCCUUUUCUGUCAUGGAUUUGAAGAAAGAGGUGCUGCUUCAGCCGGGGUCCUUGCAAUAGAUGAUUGUGCCCUGGGACCAAUUGCUCUUUAUCUCGCACGCUUCGCAGCCCGCCUUGCGGACAAAAUCACGAUCUACACCAAUGGAGAUGAGGUUGUAGCUAAGGGGGCCAACGAAGCGUUGUCAAAAGCAAACCCAGGGUCCAAAACUAGAAAACUCAUCUCUGUCGACGACAGAAAAAUCACAAAGCUAGUGAAGGGUCCUCAUGAGUCAGAGGUUGAAGUCGUCUUUGAAAACGGAGAGAGACAGACGGAGGGAUUCUUGGUACACAAGCCAAAGGGGGAAUUAAACGGGCCUUGGGUGGAGCAGCUGGGUUUGGAGAUUACGCCAAAGGGAGAUAUUAAGGUUAACGGGCCGUUUGGCGAGACGAGUGUUGCGGGAGUAUUCUCGGGUGGAGAUUGUGCGGUUGAGAUGAAGGCUGCGAGUGUAGCAAUAUCGUCCGGAGGUGCGGUUGGGGCUGGGCUGGCAAUGUCUCUAGGCGCGGAGAAUUGA